CAACUUCAAUGAAAAUUCAACGAACAGCUCCAAAAAGCACGUUUGACAAGAAGACGAAGAUCAAGGCAGAAGAACCAAGCAGACCGCAACUGCCCGCUGCUUCGAACAAGCAAGAAGCAAGCAACAGACUGCCCAACACUGCAGCGCUGCGACAGGAGGCAGGCAAGUCCUUCCAGCCACCUUGGUGACCUUUUUUGACCAUGUCGACACAAAAGCAAGGCGUGCUAACGCCUGGAUCCAGUGAAGAUGGCUCAUGGACCCUGCACCCGUUCCUCGCACGCGGCGACAUCCCUUCAUCCCACAUGUGGUGUGUUUUCUUUAGCGCAUGCUGCAGUGGACUGCGUGCUGGUGGUGCUGGCGCUGGUGGUGCUGUGGUGGAAGCAGACAGAGCUGCUGCUGCUACUACUACUACUACUACUACUGCUGCUGCUGCUGCUGCUGCUGCUGCCUUUUUGCUGCUGUUUUGUUGGCGUACCUAUCAUUUGUGGCCGCUGUUGGUGUUUGUGCAGGUAUGUUGUGCCGACACCAAAGGACGACGAGCCGCAUGCGCUGGGCCCUCGCCUUGGACACGGCUGCUGCCAGUGUGGUCACACAGCAAAGUUUGUGUUCUUCGGCGGCGCAACCCCGACUGGCCUCUCGAAUGACGUCUUUGUCCUUAACAUCGUGACUGGUGCGUGGCGGAAAUUGAACACCCUAGAAGAGCCAGUGCCCAGCCGCCGAUACGACCAUGGCAUGGUCUAUCUUCCCAGCAAGCACGCCGUCUGUGUCUUUGGAGGCGUUGGUGAGGAAGGAAAUCUCAACGACACAUGGACCUUGUCACUUGACUCGUGGACGUGGACACAGGUGGCCGCCACAGGCGAUAUCCCCUCGCCCCGGGCCGUCCAUCACCUGCUUGCCAGCGGCACGCGUGUGUAUGUUUUCGGCGGCGGGGAGCAAGGCAUGGCGGCUGUGGACGACACAGCCGUGUAUGCACUCGACACUGAAACGUGGCGGUGGACAAAGCACAGAGGCACAGGGGACAUUCCCUCAAUUCGCCAGGGCCACGCCAUGUGCAUGAUCGACCCUCAAACGGCUCUUAUCCACGGAGGCUUGCACGAAGGAACCUUCCAUGACGACUUGUUCACGCUCGACACCCGUUCGAUGACAUGGCGCCGGGUUGACGCUAAGGGGCAGCGCCCAACACCGCGCAGUGGCCACUCCAUCUGUGCUCUCACCACCCACCAUGACGAUGGUGAUGGUGAUGGUGGUGGUCGUGGUCGUGGUGGUGGUGGCGUUUCUGUUGUGCUGACGGGCGGUCUUGGUGUUGGCGAACACGUCCCCAUCGCAGCGCUUGACGACGUCUUCCUCUUCAACACAGAUGACGAUACGUGGAGGAAAGCUGAGCUGAGCACGGCCCCCGUUGCCGCCAGAUUCGAUUUCUCGCUCGUCCCCUGCACACGCUCUUUGCUUGAAUCAGACUCGGAACCGGAAGAGAAGGACCAACAACAACAACAACAACAACAACAACAACAACAACAACAACAACAACAACAACAACAACAACAACACCAGCAGCACCAGCCGCCAGCAGUGCAUGAUGUGACGCCCAUGUUUGGGGCUGUUGUUGGUGGCCAACAGCAGGGUGGCGUGGACGGCGAUCAGGCAGAUGCGACAGCAGCCAAACCGAACCAGCACCAUCACAAUCCGCAUGAUGACAGUGGUGGUGGUGAUGAUGAUGAUGGUGCCCGGGACGUGAGUGUGGCGGACGCUGGGGAGAAGGAGCAAGCAUCUGACAGCACACGUGUGGCUGAGAAAGCUGAUGGCGUUGGAAGCGUGGCAGCUGUAACAGCUGACUCGAUCCUGCUGUAUGGUGGUGUGGACCACAUUGGAAACAUGCACAACGACUGCCUCUUCCUCACACUCUCAUCAACAUGAGCACCCUGGAUUCGCAUAUGUAUUUGGACGUAACCUUGUGGUUGCUUGCUUGGUUGCUUGUUUGUUGCUUGUGUGUUUGUUUGUUUGUUGGUUUGUUU